UUUUAUCGCCUUUCCACUUCUUCUCCUUCCCCGCGACUACGGCCGGCUCCAUCUUCUCCUCCCCCUCUCCGUUUCCUUCAGUCCUACCACCGACGGAGUGGUGAAGCUUUCCCGUUGCCCAGCGUUGCAGCCCACUUGUUCGAGUGCGAGUUUCUCUCAACCCAACGUUUAUUCGAGCGGUCUCUUUGCCACCGAUCGCAACAAUUAGGGCUAAAGUUUCUUUUGUGUGGCUAUACCAUCACAAAAAAUUGGAUUUUGAGAACCUGCCCGUCAAAAAAAAGCUGUCCUCACUCCACCGCCCAAAUAUUUCGUUCCAUCGAUCCCCGUGCUAUCCCAGCAUACACAAUUUAUCGAUUUUUUCUUGUCUUGCUUGUACAUCAUAUAUGGGAUAGACGUAAUAUCAUUAGCAUAUGCAUUAAGAUUGAAGAGGGAUCAAGUUGUACAAAAGAAGGAUUCAAAUCUUGAUCUUGUGCCUUUGGGAAAUCAAUAUAAUAAUACCAUUGGUUAAUAAUACUUUAGAAAAUGAUGUCGGACCAUUUGGUCCAAUUUUAAUCUUUGGCUGGACGAGUAAAUACUACAGGCUGACCCGAAAACAGUCUACUGUUUACUCUCUCUGUUUUCCUCUCACCAUCUUGCUGAUUAUUGGCCUUGUAUGACCCAUCUUGUGAUCUCACCACAAUGUUGCAUGCUCAUGGUGAUCAAUGCUUGCCCUCUUGGAUUCUUGUCCAAGGACAAUGGUCGGAGGUAUUCCGACUCUUGGGAGGAACUCUAGUCCCUCGAACAACAACGUCUCAUGGAGACACGAUAGUUCCAGGUGAAUAUUUUUACGACGGGCAGAACCUGAUCUCCGCAAAUGGAAAAUUCGAGCUUGGCUUCUUCAACCCUGGGGAUGCAAGUAACGCUUAUGUUGGGAUUUGGUACCAUAACAUCACAGAUAAGACAGCAUUAUGGGUCCUUAACAACCUUGCACCAGUCACCGUUUCUCCUGGAUAUCUUCACCUCACUGGUGAUGGAAAUUUAGAGCUAUGCAAUGCUGCUGACUUGGUUAUAUGGGUUACGGGCACGCCCUAUGGAAAUAAUACCAUCGUGAGGCUUGCGGACUCGGGAAACUUUUUCCUGGAAGAUCGUGAUUCGAACACUACAGAGUUGCAAAGCUUUGACUACUUGACUGAUACGUUGAUACCAGGCAUGAAGCUUGGAUUGGAUAAGGUAACCAACCAUGCUACAAAGCUCAUAUCAUGGCUGAAUGCUACAGACCCCUAUCCGGGUGCCUACUCCUGCACCAUGGAAACUCAAGGCACACUACCGGAGAUCAUUAUAACAAAGGGUCAAUCCUUGAGAAUUUUCCGGAGUGGCCCAUGGAAUGGACAUGUGUUUAGUGGCAUUCCACGGAUGGGAAAUAUUAGCCAGCUGAAGUUUGCAUUUUUAUCAAACGAGCAAGAGGUCUACUUCUCAUUUGAUACCAUAAACAACUCUGGUCUGUUUCGGGCUGUGAUGGAUUUCAGAGGAGUGUUUCAGCUGUUAGAAUGGUCGGCCACAAGCAGUGGAUGGACCUCCCUGUGGGCCGUGCCACAAGAUCAGUGUGACUUCUAUGCUUUCUGUGGAGCUAAUGCUAUUUGCACCGAAACCUCAUCAGUUCUCUGCCAAUGUCUGCAAGGAUUUGUUCCAAAGUCUCCUGCGAAUUGGUACCAGAAUCAUUUUUCUGAUGGAUGCGUGAGACAAGAGGCUUUGAGUUGUUCGUCCGAUGGGUUCUUACAUUUGCGAUCAGUGAAGCUACCUGAUACUGUGAAUGCUACUACAGACAGCGACAUGACCCUCGACGAGUGUAGCGAUUGGUGCUUGAAGAAUUGUUCUUGCAUGGCAUAUGCUGUCACUGCAUGGAGUGGUUGUUUGACUUGGCGUGGUGAUCUGAUGGACCUUAGGAAGUUUAAUCAAGGAGGGGAUCAGCUUUAUGUUCGGCUUUUGGCUUCCAACAUAGAUUCUGCAAUGGACAAUCAUGUUAAGAAGACUGUGUUGGUCAUAACCAUCCCAACAAUGCUGAGCUUUCUUUUGCUGGCAAGUAUAUGUGUAGUUUUGUGGCGGAGAAGAGUAAGAAAACAAGACACCAUUAUGAUCAAGUCAAACCAGCCACAGACUAUGAAAGGACUUGAUUACUGGACUGGCAUUCCUGCAAAACAUGUGGAUCAGAGAGCUGGUCCAAUGAAUAUGAUGGGGGUACUGUCUUCAUUUGAUUUGUCUACCAUAAAGGCUGCAACUAAUAACUUCUCCGUUGGUAACAAACUCGGAGAAGGUGGAUUUGGCAUUGUUUACAAGGGCGUGUUGCGAGAUGGAAAAUACAUCGCUGUCAAAAUGUUGUCAAGGUGCUCGUCACAAGGUCCUGAUGAGUUCCGAAAUGAGCUUUUACUAAUUGCGAACUUGCAGCAUAGGAAUCUUGUUCGCCUACUUGGUUGCAUCGAAGGAGAUGAGCGCAUUCUGAUCUUGGAGUACAUGGAAAACAAGAGUUUGGAUGCCUUCAUAUAUGAUAAAACAAAGAGUGCACUGCUGGACUGGAAAAAGCGUCUUCACAUUAUUAUUGGGAUUGCUCGAGGACUUCUAUACCUGCAUCAUGACUCUUACUUGAGGGUUGUUCAUCGAGAUCUUAAACCAAGCAACAUCCUUCUUGACAAGGACAUGAAUCCAAAAAUAUCCGACUUCGGGAUAGCAAGAAUUUUUGAAGGAGAUGACAUUGAAGAGAAUAAUACUACAAGACCAGUCGGAACACUUGGAUACAUGGCGCCCGAGUACAUAACGGAAGGAGUCUUUUCUUUCAAAUCUGAUGUUUUCAGCUUUGGUGUAAUAGUGUUAGAAAUCCUAAGUGGUAAGCGAAAUAGAGUGCUUAAUGUGGCAGAUUCGCGGCUAAACCUUCUAGGACAUGCAUUCAAGUUAUGGAAGGAAGACAGGACUCUAGAGAUACUCGAUGAAGCGCUCGAUUCUUGGACGCCUACAUUGGAGAUUUUGGAAUGCAUCCGAGUAGGUCUUUUGUGCGUGCAAGAAAACAGCGAAGACAGACCGACAAUGGCAGAGGUUGUGAUGAUGCUAACUAAUGAAGAUCCGCAACUAACUUCACCAAAAGAGCCGAUCACUUUAGUGGCAAGUUCUGAAGAAGAACGAUCUUCCAUUAUUCAAAUGAGUGUCAUGGAUGAAAUUUGUUCUGAUAUGUAAUCUUCUUUCUUCUCUUAUGGAAUCUGUCUUCAUCGAUCUAUGCAUGUUUGUUUUGCUGUGCAUGGUGAAUGAAAUUCUUUUUAGUAUAGUAGUCAAGUUGCUUGUAGGGUUCUAUAGGUUCAAGGAUUUAAAUAUUGGUUCGAUAUUUAAUUGGUAUGGUAGUGAUAUAUCAGAUUAUGUAUGACAAGAAUUAUUAAUAGAUUUGAUGAGAGCCUUUA